AAACCUCACAGGCUCUUUUAAAGCAUCAGCACGCAGCCUCUGAGACAUACACCUGUAAGCACUGCAAAGAGAGCCACCUCAAGAGACGAAGAAAAGCCAAAGAUCAUGGUGUCUGCCGGGCUUCAGUUACUGGGCACCGCCCUGGCCAUCUUAGGAUGGAUCUGUGUCAUUGUGGUUUGUGCUCUUCCCAUGUGGAAAGUCACAGCUUUCAUCGGCAGCAACAUCGUCACGGCGCAGAUUUCAUGGGAAGGAAUCUGGAUGUCCUGCGUCGUGCAGAGCACCGGACAGAUGCAGUGUAAAGUCUACGACUCCAUGCUGGCCCUCAGUUCAGACCUUCAGGCCGCCCGUGCCCUCACCAUCAUUUCCAUCCUGAUUGGGAUCCUGGGCAUCAUGCUGGCCAUGGCUGGAGGCAAAUGCACCAAUUGCGUCGAGGACGAGAGCGCCAAAACCAAGGUCGGUAUCACUGCCGGCGUGAUUUUCAUCAUUUCUGGGUUUCUUUGUCUGAUCCCCGUGUGCUGGACGGCCCACGGCAUCAUCCAGGAUUUCUACAACCCCUUGUUGAACCAAGCACAGAAGAGAGAGCUGGGAGCAGCACUUUACAUCGGCAUCCAGAUCCUGGGCAUCAUGCUUGCCAUGAUAGGCUGGUUGGGGACCAUCAUCACCUGUGGCAUGCCAAUGUGGAGGGUCACGGCCUUUGUUGGCGCGAACAUCGUCACGGCACAAAUCAUCUGGGAGGGUCUGUGGAUGAGCUGUGUGGUUCAGAGCACCGGACAGAUGCAGUGUAAGGUCUAUGACUCCAUGUUGGCUCUAUCGCAAGACCUGCAGGCUUCCAGAGCCAUGGUAAUCAUUUCCAUCAUGGUGGGCGUCUUUGGAUUCCUGAUGGCUGUGGUUGGAGGAAAAUGCACCAACUGCUUGGAGGAUGAAGCGGCCAAAGCCAGAGCGUGCAUCGUUUCAGUGGUUUUAAUCAUCGCUGGCUUUCUCGUCCUGAUUCCUGUGUGCUGGUCUGCACACACUCUUAUCAGGGACUUCUACAACCCUUUAGAAACAGAAUCCCAGCGGCGGGAGCUAGGAGCCUGUCUUUACAUUGGCUGGGGAUCUGGAGGCCUCUUGUUGCUGGGUGGUGGGCUGCUUUGUUGGAAUUGCCCAUCCAAUGACAAUAGGCCCUACAUGGCAGCCAAAUACAGCCCUGCCAUAUCUGUGAUCCCAGCAAUGGAUUACGUGUGAGAAUAACCUUAAGAU